AUGGGUGUCGAUUCCGACGCUCGCAAGCAGAGCAUGGCCGACGAAGCCGUUCACCCCGUGCCCAGCAACGAACCUCAAGAGGGUGAACGAUUCGACAUACCCAACAAAGUCGGCCAUACCAACUUUUCCGAACGACAGCUCUCCGAGGAAGAAUGGGCUCGCCUCGGCCAGACCCGCCGUGGUCUCUCCCCGCGACAGGCGCAAUUGAUGGCUAUCGGUUCCGGCAUUGGCACUGGUCUGUUCGUCGGUAUUGGCGGUGUGCUCAGCAGGGCGGGCCCGGCGAAUCUCCUGUUGGGCUAUCUCACCUAUGCGCUGCUCUUCACGUGGCCCCUUACACUGUGUGUUGGCGAGAUGUUGGCGUUCUUGCCCGUUCGAGGCUGCAUUUAUGAGUUGGCGGGUCGAUAUGUUGACCCGGCAUUUGGGUUUGCGUUGGGGUGGAUCUACUUCUUCGCUGGGUGCAUGGUGCUGUGUGUCGAAUAUGCCGCUGUUGCUGCUGUUAUGGGGUACUGGAACAUCGAUGUCAAUCCUGCCGUCUGGAUCGCUAUGUCGCUGGUGUCGUGCUAUCUUUUGAAUGUGGUGGCUGUUCGAUGGUACGGCGAGUCCGAAUUCUUCUUUGCGUCAACCAAGGUCCUCAUGAUCAUCGGCUUGAUCAUGCUUACUUUCAUCACCAUGGUUGGAGGAAACCCACGGAACGAUGCUUACGGGUUCCGCUACUGGACGGACGGCAAUGCCAUGCACGCAUACUACACCACAGGCAGCGCAGGCCGGUUCCUUGGCUGGUUCGCUGUGCUGAGAUACGCAGCUUUCACAAUCGGGGGACCGGACCUGAUCGCUCUCGCCUCCGGUGAGAUCCAGAACCCGCGACGCUCCAUUCCCAGGGUCGCGAAGCUUGUCUUCGUCCGGUUACUGGUAUUCUACGUCAUUGGUGCUUUCGCAGUCGGUAUCCUCUGCGAAUCCAGGGACAACCGACUCCUGGGAGCCAUUGAGAGUGGUGCUAGUGGUGCUGCCGCGUCGCCUUGGGUUAUCGGUAUCCAGAACCUUGGCAUUGACACACUUCCGACCAUCAUCAACGUCGUCAUCCUACUUUCUGGCUGGUCUGCCGGCAAUGCGUUCCUCUACUCAACCAGUCGCUGCCUCUACUCUCUGGCCCGUGAUGGCCAGGCACCAAAGAUAUUCAUGAAGUGCACCAAGUCUGGAGUGCCGGUCCACUGCGUCACAAUCGUCAGCCUGAUCAGUUGCGUCACCUUCAUGGUUGCCUCAGAGUCAGCUGUGACCGUCUUUUGGUGGUUUGUCAAUCUCACCACCAUCACAUACUUGCUAGUGUACACCGGCUACAUCGUCACAUUCGUGUUCUGGUACAAAGCAUGCAAAGCCCAGGGCCUGGACCGCAACACACUACCUUUCAAAGUCCCGUACGGCCUAACCAGAGCCUACGUCGCCAUCUUCCUUGGCUGUGUGAUAAUGAUCUUCCUCGGUUUUGAUUGCUUUGUCCCCUGGGACACCCAGGGCUUCAUCACCUCGUACUUCGGCAUCCCAUUCGCCGUGAUCGUUUAUUUCGGCUACAAAUACUACAAGCGCACCAGGUUUGUGCGACCAGAGGAUGCGGAUCUGUACUCGGGCAAAUUGGAGAUUGAUUUCGAAUGCAAACAGUGGGAAGAUGGUGGGAUCGAGGAGAACGAGAAGAAGAGACUUGCUCAGAUGAAUGUCUUCAGGAGAGGUUGGGAGAAAUGCUGGUAG